UCAAACCCACCAUCUGGGUGAGCCCCAGCAGGGUGGUGGCGCUCGGGGGAAGCGUCACCAUCCGCUGUGAGGGUCGGUACCCGGGCAUGGAGUUCUUUCUGCGUAAAGCUGGACACCCGAACCUGCAGAGGCAGACGGUGCCUGAUGGGACCGUGGCUGAAUUUCCCAUCCCCAGUGUCAGCCGGGAAGAUGGAGGGAGCUACACCUGCGACUAUCGCUCCAUAGCAGAUCAGAGUCGCUCAUCGCAUCCCAGCGAGCCCGUCGAGAUCAUUGUAGGACUAGGAGAGCCCAGCUACCCCAAACCCAACAUCUCCCUGCUGAGCCCCAGCGGGGGGGUCUCCCUGGGCGGAUCUGUGGCCAUUCAGUGUCGGGGGCAGCGCCAGGGCGUGCGGUUCGUGCUGAAUAAAGAAGGACGCCAUUUCCCACCUGUGGAUUCGGCUGCGUUUGAGGUUGUGUUUCCCAUCAGCAAUGUGAGCCGGGAGCAUGGCGGGAGCUACAGCUGCUCCUAUCACAGCAGAUCGGAGCCGUUCGCUGUGUCGUACCCCAGCGACCCCGUGGAGCUGGUGGUGAGAGAGCUCCCUGCACCCAGACCCUCCAUCUCCAUCAGCCCCAGCGGGGUGAUCACCCUGGGGGGAGCCGUCAUCAUCCGCUGUCAGUGUCGGUGCGAGGUCAGGAGGUUAUUUCUGUAUAAAGGUGGAAUCCAAAUCCGGGAGCUGGAUGCUGAUGGGGAUGGGGGUGAAUUCACCAUCCCCAGUGCCAGACGGGAACACGGAGGUGUCUACACGUGCCAAUCUCGCUCCAGAUCAGAGCCACCCGACUGGUCGGAUCCCAGUGACAUCAUGCAGAUCAUUGUAGUAGAGACCACCUACUCCAAACCCUCCAUCUCCCUGCGCCCCAGUGGGGGGGUCGCCCUGGGGGGAGCUGUGACCGUCCGGUGUCAGGGUUGGUACCAGAACGUGAGGUUCCUUCUGUACAAAGAUGGAAACCCUAACGCGCUGCAGGACGCGGAGCCGGCUGGGGACCUGGCUGAGUUUCCCAUCAGCAACGUGAGCCGGAGAGACGCAGGGAGCUACAGCUGUUAUUAUCACCACAAAUUGUACCCGUUCAUCUGGUCGUAUCCCAGUGACCCUGUGGAGCUGGUGGUAGCAGAGGGGUCCUACCCCAAACCCUCCAUCUCCGUCAGCCCCGGUGGGGUGAUCCCCAUGCGGGGAAACGUCACCAUCCGGUGUCGGCAUCAGCGCCUGGGCAUGAGGUUCCUCCUCUACAAGGCUGGAGAUGGGAACUAUCUGACUUACACAGACCCUGCUGGCUCUGAGGCUGAAUUUCCCAUCACCAGCGCCAGACGGGAACAUGGUGGCAGCUACACCUGUAGUUAUAGCAACAGAACAGGACGAGCUGCCUACUCGGAGCCCAGCGACCCUGUGCAGAUCAUUGUAGCAGAUCUCAGCUUACCCAGACCCUCCAUCGCUCUGAGCCCCACUGGGGUCACCGCCCCAGGGGCAGACACCACCAUCCGGUGUCAGGGGCAGCGCCGGGACAUGAGGUUCUUCCUGCACAAGGCUAAAGACCUGAACGCGCAACGACACAUGGACCCUGCUGGGGACGGGGCCGAGUUCCACAUCCCCACCGUGGGCCGACAGCAUGGCGGGAACUACAGCUGCAGCUACCGGCACCGAUCAGAGCCCUUCAUCUCCUCACAGCCCAGCGACCCCGUGGAGCUGGUGGUAGCAGAGCCCACUCUGCCCAAGCCCUCCGUGUCCAUCCGCCCCAGCCAGGGGGUCGCCCUGAGGGGAGCCGCCACCAUCCGCUGCCAGGCUCGGCUCCAGAACGCCACCUUCCUUCUCUUCAAAGACGGAGGCUACUGGGGGUGUGCGGCCCCUGUAGGGAAUGUGGCCGAAUUCCCCGUGAUUGGUGCCGGAUGGAGAGACGCGGGGAGCUACAGCUGCUCCUAUCACACCACGCGGGAGCCGGUCGCUGUGUCCCACCCCAGCGACCCGGCGCGGCUGGUGGUGAGAGAUUACACCCGGGUCAACAUCGUCCGUCUGGUCCUGAGCGCUGGGGUCCUGCUGGCCCUGGCGCUGAUCCUGGCCGAGGCUGCCCUUGGCUGGAAGAGGGGCGGACACUAGGUGAGGUGACCCCCACCCCCAAAGCCUCCACCCACUCCAGCCUGGCUGCCCCAGCAUGAGGGAAGGGCAGCAGGGUCUGCAAUGG